AUGGCGGAAGAAGACUUUGUAUCGGCUGUUGGCCAUCGCGCCAGUCUGUCUAGCUCUGUCGACGUGCCGUUUUACCAAGCAGAAGAGGUGCUCUCUUCCCAAACACACGCCGCAGAUGCACCAUUAUCCGAUGCACAAAAAGCACGCUUGCCGCUGAACCGAAUGCCGUAUUUGAACCAAGGUACGACCCAAAACACGAGGGCUUCCAAGCUGGGUGACGCGGCCGGCUCUGCACCCAGGCUCGGUACUCCGGAUUUCUCGACGUUGGAGAGUCACGGAUUCACAGAAGAGAUGAACAAGCAUUUCAGUGUAGCUAGUGGCGACACAAGCACCCAUUUCGCGAUGCCCAGGGACGAGUACGCCACGAUCAAACCUCUCUCGGGCAUGUCCAACAGUGCGUCUUCUUCCAAUGUUGCAGAUACAGCGCCGGUUGCCGAUGCCGCAGAUGUGCCUGCAGCGGAGAGAAAUGAUCCGUUUGUGGAAGUGCCGGUUGGGUACAAUUAUGCGUACCUGGACGCCGAGAAACCUACGAGUGCUGCGCCGGCGAAGAGACGCCAAAAAAUAGCAAAGAGUGCAGGUGUCGGUGCAGGUGCUGCAGGUGCUGCAGGUGCUGCAGGGACGUUUGGUGCAGGCGCCGAUGCGGUCAAUACUGCCAACUACACGGGCCCCAACAUUGAUUCGGAGAAAGGAGAGCCGCUGCAACAGCCUGGAGGUGUCUUUUCCGGCUGGCGCAAAUGGGCACUGCUCCUACUCGCCAUCAUUGUCGUGCUCGGCAUUGCGCUCGGUGUCGGUCUUGGUGUUGGCCUUACGAAGAAUGACGACGACAAGAAAGGACAAUCCAACAUUGCCAGUCACAGCGGCACAUCGACCAGCAGCGGCGCAGCACCGAGCGCUGCAAGCACGAAGCACCUUCCUGCGCUGCCCCCAUGGAGUUGGACAGACACCAAGAACAAGGUGUACGGCGUCAACAUUGGCGGUCUCUUUGUGCUGGAGCGCUGGAUGUACGAAGACUGGAUGGUCCAGCAAGGCGGUCCCGACACGUGGGACGAAUGGACGUUUUCCCAGAAUCUGGGCGACAAGUUUGACAGCGCUUUUAAGGAGCACAUGAACUCUUGGUUCACCGAGGACCACUUGAACCAGCUGCAAAAAGCCGGCAUCAACAUGCUGCGCGUCCCCAUCGGCUACUGGCCUUUCUUGUCUACACAAGAGACUGGCGAGCCAUACCGCAACGCAACGCAACUGGACCGCCUUUCUGACAUUCUUGGCUGGGCGCACCAACGCAAUAUGUAUGUCUUGCUUGAUUUACACGGCCUGCCUGGCAGUCAGAACGGCGAUCAAUCAAGCGGCCACAACAUGUCCUUGACUGGCACGACAACACCUCCGUGGUACGACAAAAAGAACAUUGACUUUUCCAAGCGUGCCAUCACGACGGCGCUCGACUGGGUGAGCAACCAUCCGUCGCGGUCCGUUGUGAGUGGUUUUACCACGGUGAAUGAGCCGCAGACUUAUGGCAAACGCGAUCUCUUGAGCACGGUCAAAGACUUUUACAGAUGGAGCAUCAAGACGUGCAGCAAAUACAAGAUGCCCGUCGUGCUCCACCACGGAUUUGUGGACGAGCCAUACGACUACUGGGAGAGCUUUAUGAGCGAUCAGGAUCCCGAUAUGGUUGUUUUUGACGACCAUCCGUACCCUGCGUGGUUCGUUCAGCCAUACCCUACCGACAAGGCUACGACAGACAAGAACAUUUGCGCGCUGGGCAAGAAUGCCGAGAACUAUCCUGUGCCUGUCCUUGCCGGCGAAUGGUCGGGCGUUACGAUUGUGAACGAAACAAGCUUUGUUACAGAUUACCUCAAGACACAAGCCACUACCUACGGCUGGUCCGCUGGGUCAAUGUUUUUCAAUUUUCGUACACAAGCUACCGAUCAUCCGGUGAUUGCCGAAGCGCCGCAGAUUAUGGGCAAGUGGUCUAUGCUGGAUAUGCUUGCUCCAAACAACAAAUUUGGCCAGUUUCCUGUCCGGGAUACGUCCAAACCUGUCGCCAGCUUCACCAACGGACUCUCUAAUGCUUGUGGAUCUGAUCCGCAAAAUACGUGGGAGUAA